AACGACCGUUCGUCUUCCGACAAAAAUGGCGACCUCCAUAGGACGUUAGAGAACAUGUUUAGGUGACAUCUAUUUGAGCUCAGUUUAUUCCGUUUACUGUUCACAUACCUUUCUUUUUGUUCUCACAAAGAAAGCACUGGGUCAAGUUAGUUACUAUACAAGAAAUAAUGGCAAUGCAAAGCGGAUAUGUGAUUCAGGACAAGGUGGCCAGGUUGGUGAGUAAGCAGCUCGGAAAGCCCGUCCUCAAACCCAACAAGUCCCUGGCUCUUAAAGAUGAAGUCGCUAAUCGCAAGCCGAAAAAAGGAGAGGCCUCCUGUGUGACCGAGAUGGCAUUAGUGAUGGCGUGCUGGAAGCAGAAUGACUUCAACACCAAACUCUGCUCUAACGAACUCACUGUCUUCUACAAAUGCAUAGAGAAAGCCCAGGCAGAGGCACGUGACCGAGCAAAGCAAAAAUCCCUUUCCCAGGGAGGACGGCUUUUACCAAAACAGGCCACAAAGCUGUUGAAGCGGUACCCCAAUUUGUGAGACACUGACACAGGCAUGAAUCAACCAAGCGGACUGAUAGAAAGACGUUCAGUGCAGUGGUUUUGGGAGUGGUCUUUGCCACUUCAGAGCUUUUGGUUUUGUAUUUAAUCACAUGGUCAUCAGAAGCAGAUCCUGGCAGCGUCAAGAAGCAGCAUUUACAGGAUUGUGGGUGCAGUCUAAUUAUUUAAUUGAACAGAUUGCUCUAAAUCAGCCCCUGAAAGCAGGAAUAAGGCAAUAAUAAAACUCGUCCUGUCGUCCCUCUGAUUAAACGCAGCCCAAGCUGUGUGGUGUUUGAAAACUUGUUAUUUUACUGAAAUGCCUUUGAAAUGUUAUUAUUGAUGUCAGUGUCAUAAAAUGAUUUCCCUAACAA